GGCGGCGCCGAGGACGAUGCUCCUUUCUUCAGUCUUGCCCAUCGCCGCCACUACCCCAGCUCCACUCACGCUGGCCAUGUCCGCAGGCCCCGACGAGAAGAGCGUGCCCAGCGAGGGCACGCCCUCCCUCAUCCCGACCGAGACCAGUGCGCCCUCCGACCCCCCCGACGGCGGCCUGCAGGCUUGGCUCUGCAUCGCAGGCUGCUUCCUCAUGCAGUUUGUUCAGUUCGGCCUGAUCAACACAUUCGGUGUAUUCCAGGACUACUACGAGAAGACGAUCCUGUCUACCACGUCGCCAGAUACGAUCGCAUGGAUCGGCGGCAUCCAGCAGUUCCUCCUUUUCUUCGGCGGUCUCGUCGUCGGCCGCUGGUUCGACGCGCACGGCGCGCACAUCCUCAUCGUGCCCGGCGCCAUCAUCAUUGUGCUAAGUCUGAUGUUUGUGUCAUUAUCCACCAAGCUCUACCAGCUCAUGCUCGCUCAAGGCGUGCUCUUCGGCAUUGGGUCAGCCUUAAUCUUCCAUCCGACGAUCGCCGUGCCGGGUCACUGGUUCCGACGCCGGCGCGCUUUGGCCAUGGCCAUCGUCGGCGCGAGCUCAGGUCUCGGCGGCACAGUCUGGCCCAUCGCUUUUAACGAGUUGAUCGGGAGGGUUGGAUUCGCAUGGGCCCUCCGCACGGCCGGAUUCAUCGCCCUCGCCCUGUUCGCCGUCGGGUGUGCACUGGUCCGCACGCGGCUGCCGCGCAAGGCCCCGACAACCUGGCGUAAGGUGUUCCUCCCCUUCCGCGAGGUGCCGUUCAUUCUGCUCACUGCGAGUGUAUCGGCCGUCUUUUGGGGCCUCUACUCGCCCUUCUUCUACGUCUCAGGCCGUGCAUCGCAGCUCGGGGCAUCCUCCUCCUUGGCCUUCUACUGCGUGAGCUUCAUCAACGCUGCCUCGACUGUAGGCCGUAUGCUCGCGGCCGUCGGUGACCACUGGGGCGCCUUCAACGUCCUCAUUACUGCGGCGAGCGGCAUGGCCGUGGUCUGCCUCGCCUUCUGGAUCCCGCUGCACACCGUGGCGCAAGUCAUUGCCUGCGCGUCGACAUACGGCCUCUUCGUCGGUAUGUACAUUGCCAUUAUUCCCGCGUGCAUCGCCACUACGGGGCCCGCACACGAGAUCGGCCUGCGCGUCGGCAUCCUUUGGGCCGUCGCCGCCGGCUUCUCGCUCACCGGCCCGCCAAUAAAUGGCGCAUUCGUCAAUAGAUACACCACAGACGGCAUAGUUGGCGACGCGGGGUAUCGCGCGGUAGGGAUAUUUACAGGGAUUGUGUGUCUCGUCGGCGCCAUGUGUGCGAUCGGGUCAAAGUUCCGGGUGAGCGGGAGGGUAGGGGGCAUUUUGUAGGUGUAGCGAAUAGCGCAUGGGUCUGUCAAUUGUACAUGAAGAUGAACUCCUUGAUUGUCG